AAAAAUGUUAUCUUAACUAGCAAAACACUUGAGCUGGAUGCUUCGACUGUCGUGCGGUUAUUAAAUUGGCUGAACGUUGAGUUCGCUGUCGGUGAGCGCAUUUAAAUAUCGCUGUCCAUAAUGUGAUCUUGGUCGGCAAAAUACUAAUAGAAUAUUGCAUUUGGUCGUCCUUCGAAACUUCAUUGCCAAUACCAAUAGGAUUCGACAGAUUACAGGAAGAUCAAGCAGCGAACAGGAAGAUCAAGCAGCGAAUAACUAUAGUCCUAUAGUUGAACGUUAUGUGGUUAGAUAUGACAAAAGUUGAUGGAACAACAGAAAAGAACAGAAGAGAACUUUUAUUAGGCAUACACAUUAACAUGUUAGUGGUUUAAGUCUUUCAAAUGGCGUGUUCUAAACAUUAUACCAAAUGGUUUGAAGAAAAAGACAAUCGCAAUUGGCUGAAAGUUUCGGUUGGAUUGAUAAUUACCAAACGUGGACUUGCACCAUUCGUAGAAAAUACAUUGGACACGUGGAAAAACGUCCAAGUCGCGCCAGGAACCAACUGCUCCGCGUGUUCUACAGCAGAACUGGUACCAUGUGACCAUCGAAAUAAAAUUUGUAAAGGAAAGCAUUGCAAGUUCCAUCAAGGUGUAACAUAUCGUCCGUGCCCGAACAAGAUUUGUGAUGCAUUUCGACAAGAAAUUAUAACACAACAUAGAUUUAAAGGUCCAUCCUGGCGAAAUACAAAUGCCCGUGAUUGGUGCUCAAAUACAUGGGAGGUGGCUAAAGCUUUCUUACCGCCAGACGGAUAUGACAAGAUCACCACAUCUGAUGAUACAGAUUUGAACGGCGUUGUCAGUGUUCUCAUCAACUGUCUCCUUUUUGAGCAAUACAUCCCCGAUCUAGCAAUCGAUGGAAAUAACGUUGGUACCAAGGUUCGCGACAUUGGAAGGAAACUGCGACACGCAUCAAAACUCGAAGUAACUGAUGCUGACCUAAAACAAUGGUUCGACGACAUGCGUGCAUUGUUCCUUGUACCGAAACAUCUGGCGGCGAAUACCAAUGCGCAGAAUACCGUCGACCUAUUGAACAAAUUGGAGACAGACAAUUUGCAAAUCGAAAGAACGGACAUCAUGGCUGCCAUAAACGAUGUAGUCACUUCACUAGAGCACCUUUCAUCUACCAUAGAUCCUGAAGCUCUGAAUGAUACCAUUGACAAACUUCACGAAAUCAAGCAGGAGAUUGAAAAAGAAGCUGAAGAACAUAGACGUACCAUUGAUGUUUUGGCCAAUGAGAAAAAGACUGAGUUAAAACAGCUUGCCAUAGACUUGACGGAUGACAUUGAAAAAAAAAGUCAAAAUGAUCAGCACCGUCAAACAAAGUUCGAAGAAGAUAUCCUACGGGAGGUCAAGCCUUGUAAAGAAGUAAAUGAAGUUUUUGAAACAAUAAAAGCAAAGUCUGGACCUAUCAUUUCAAUGUUCCAAGACCUGUUCUCAAGAACCUUGACUACGCAUGUUGGAAAUCAGUUCAAACACACAAUCUACGCAAUGAUCGAUUUUGAGCUAGUUGUAGUCGACAAUAUUAUAAAGGAUGUGGAAGCGAGUGCAAGAAGCAUAGAUGGCGGUUUUGAAUAUUCGACAAAAGUAUCUAGUAGAUACAGUCAAGCAGGUUUUAAGGAAAUUGCCCCAGAGAGAAAUGCCCGAGAGCCGUUCAGGUAUUCUUCUUCAGUUGCUAAACCCGUGUUCAUCUGGAUCUACUUCGUUGAUCAGAAUAAUAAAUACUACUGGUUGUGCAAGGGGCUUAAAAGGAUACCAGAUCAAAGUGUGUUCGUUGAUCGUGAUGGCAAAGUAAAUGAUGCUAAAUAUGGAACUCUGUUCACGCCGGCAAAUUAAACUUUUAUUUCACAGUUCCGCAUGAUGCGGAACUUCAAGUGUGCGAAAUUGCUAAAUUUAUAACGAAUGUGAACACGUGUUUGUCAAAUGCACGAAGAACAAUUUUCUAUGAUCAAAGCUUUCAUUUUCAUAGCUUUUUCUACUACUGUCCGCAUUUUUGAAGGUGUUUGUCUUGUCUCUCCGGAUGAGUAUGUUGAGUUUGCUAAAAGAAAGUUUGGGGAAAACACAAUCAAAAUUUAAGUACAAUAAUUCAAAUUAUAACGCAAAAUCGACGCAAGAAUCUGGAUAAUUUUUCGUAAUUAUAGCUUUUUGCAAUGUGUGCUUUUAGUGUUCAGUUUGUGAUUUUUUUAUCUUUGGUUUGUCCACGAAGAAGGCAUACAAUUUUCCACAAGAACACAGCUGGUAUCAAGUGACAGAGACAGUUGUAAAUAAAUGGAAAACACUAUUAACUGUAAUCUCUUACGAGACGACAUAACUAUCUACUAGUCGCCAGCGGAGAUUUCACCAAAUACAGAGCUAUAUUACUAUGUACGUGUUUGCCUGUGGGUUUGUACCCGAAUAAGAGACACUAAUCCUAUGUACGUGUUUGCCAGUGGGUUUAUAUCCGAAUAAGAGACUGUAUUACUAUAUACGUGUGUUGCUAGUGGGUCUGUACCCGAGAACAUAGUUUAUUACUAUAUACGAGUUUGUAUCCGAAUAAGAGACUUUAUUACUAUAUAUGUAUUUGCCAGUGAGUUUGUACCGAAUAAGAGACUUUAUUACUAUAUACAUGUUUGCCAGUGAGUUUGUACCGAAUAAGAGACUUUAUUACUAUGUACGUGUUUGCCAGUGAGUUUGUACCGAAUAAGAGACUUUAUUACCAUGUACGUGUUUGCCAGUGAGUUUGUACCGAAUAAGAGACUUUAUUACUAUGUACGUGUUUGCCAGUGAGUUUGUGCCCGAAUAAGAGACUUUAUAACUAUGUACGUGUUUGCCAGUGAGUUUGUGCCCGAUUAAGGGACUUUAUUACUAUGUACGUGUUUGCCAGUGAGUUUGUACCGAAUAAGAGACUUUAUUACUAUGUACGUGUUUGCCAGUGAGUUUGUGCCCGAAUAAGAGACAGUAUUACUAUAUAUGUGUGUUGCUAGUGUGUGUGUAUCAUAAAACGAGGCAUUGUUACUAUCUUUGUAAAAUAAUAAAUUAAUUCUUUAUUACUAUAUUUGCAUUUGCAAAGGAACUUGUAACAUAGUGCGAGACUUACCUUCUACGUUUUUACCAGUGGAUUUGUACCGCUCCAUCAUCUAUUGUAAUGUUUUUACCGCUUGUUUGCUUGCAGUUUUCCGCUACUUUAGAAACAGUCUAAUAAACAGUCACAAUAUCA